UAAAGUGGGACUUGGUUGUCAUUGUCAACAGGUCAGUGAUAUACAUGUACAUGUAGAUUCUCCCACCGUCAUGACCUUUAAGGCACCGCCUCAGAUAUUGGCAGAAUCCUAGGAAUUGACAUCAGCCCACAUGGGCGGCGGGGCGUCCAACUCCAACAGGUCAUCUCAAAGGAAGCCCCAAAGGUCGACCCAAAAGAGGGCCAGCCUCCCCGAUCAUGUGUUGGAAAAGCUGCAGGUGUGCCUGCUAUCGCUGCCGUUUCCCCCUGGUGUUGUGGAUGAGCCGGUCAUCGACCGGGCUGCUGAUUUAGCAGAACGGGUCGAGCUGCUGGAACCGCAAGUCAUACUUACCAAAGGUCAGAAAGCCAAGGGCAUUUAUAUCAUUAUCGCCGGGACGGCUCAAGUGGUUUCCUCAUCAGGAAAUGUUAUUGCAGAUUUGUCUUCUGGGGACCUGUUUGGUGAGCUGUCUACGCUGUUUCAAAUUCCCUGCACAGCCACCGUCAAGACACCCACGAAAGUCCUACUGCUGCUGCUUAGACCAGAGGCUCUGAAGGCAGCACUGAAUGGGCAGGUGGUGUCCAGCAACCUCUUGGACUACUUUGUGAAGAAGCGAUACCUGGAUACCAGCAGGACUGUCGACCAAUCAGAACUGAUGCAUAGAAUUGCCAAAGAUGUGUUAAAAGAGGUGCCACUGUUUAAGCAGUGGGGUGACACUGCUGUGGAAGCACUGGUUAAGGCAGUCCAAUCCGAGGGCCCUGCAGUCACAUUGGUUCCAGCUGGCUCCGUCAUCGCCACGGAAGAUGAUCCGCCGGACGAAAUAGUGGUCAUCAUUCGGGGCAGGGUGGAUGUGUUGAAAGAGAAGGAGCUACUGACAUCAUUGGACAGUGCUAGGUGGCCAGUAUGGCACGGCGAAGAAGCUCUGUACGAGUGGCACAAAUGCCAAGAUAAUGUGGAUCCCGAUAGAAAUGGCCUCUUUACUGGCAGUUCGAGCUUAGUGUCUCUGAAGACGGCGUCUGCAUGCAAGAUGAUCAUCAUCAAGAAUGCCGUCAUUAACGAGGUGGUGAAAAAGCACAAGAUGGAGACAGCCAGCGAUUUCACCAAGAGGCUGGACAAGUGGAGACUGAGAAUGGCUGGCUCAGCGGCGGCAAAGAAGGUGUAUGCCUGCUACCUACUGGAGGUCUUGAUACAACGACUUUCUGAAACAGCCCUGCUGUCCCACGCCCCACUCGAUGCACUCUACAAGAUAGCCAUCAACUCAAGGACCGUGGUUCACCAGACUGGGGAAUGUGUUAUCGGUGAAGCCAGCACAUCAGAGCAGCAACAGACCAAGAUGGUCAAAUCCACUGGCAGUGUGGAUGCCUCCAGCACGGAACCACCCAUCAAGAUUGACCCAACACUACCCCCUGGUGUGGUCAUCAAGGCAGCCACCUCCUCACAGGUUUUCUGGGCCGACGACACUUUCCUGUUGGUACUGAAGGGUGCCGUGAUACUGAACAAGAACGAAGAGUGGGUGUGUGAAGACGGGGAGGUCUUAUGGGUCCCGAAGGCUGUCCUUCCCCGCUCGAGACUGGAAGCCAAGAAAGACUGUGUGAUUCUCAAAUUCACAGGCUCAACUCUGGAUGAAGCGUGUGGCGAUUACCCAGACACGAAGCUGACCGUCCCAUCUGUCGUGAGGUUGUAGCCCAAGUGCCACAUGAACAAGAAGUAUUCUUGUGACGAGGCUGAACAAGAACAGCAUUCCCAAACUCUCCGUCCAAGCGUAAUAUUCAUUCCCAGCUUUUGUAUUUGGUCACGGUGCUCAAGAUUUUUGGUCCAGUAUUAAAUGUAUCCAUUGCUGUUUUGAAAAAUAAAGAGUUAAUGUUCUCUAAUGCAUACAACAGGGCUCAGACAUUUUUGCAGCUCAAAGAAAGAAAUGACUGAGUGACAAGUGUUUCAAGGGGCGAGUUCGAGCGACGACUAUGGUUAACUGUAGCUCGACUAACACCGAACGAUAAGUGGUUUGGGCUAUCUUGUUGACCAUUUGGGACUAGGCCCUAGGCCAUAGUCGCACUGCUGGCUAUCAAUCACUGAUUUCGUUUACCAUUACGGAGGGAAACAUUCACAUGAAAAUAACUGUACGAGAUUUCAGUGACCCUGCAUGUUUCGAGAAUCGCAGCUAAUGGUGAAAUGUGAGUAACGAUAAGAUUUCAUAAAAUAGGUUGACUGUGGUCUUUCGAGUUUUACUGAAUUGCACAUGCGCAUUGUUAGAAUGCAUCUGACUACUGGUUGACCUAUAGUUAGCCUUCGAACGUUACCCUAGCUGUGAUUAAGUCUGUCAAACUUGUAAGUGUGAACCAUUUUCAUUUCAUACCCAGCAAAUUUUGCCGGGACUUGAAAAUUUGAUUUACUCUCAUAUUAAGUAUUCACCUGCCUCUAGCCAUGUGAGUUUUUGCCAGGUUAUACCUAUUUGUAAAUAACAUAAACUCAAAAAAAAAAAAAACCUGAAAAAGCUAUCACUGACAACUCCCAGCGCAAAUGAUUCAAGAGCUGUAAAAAUCCACAUUCCAACAAACACUUGUAUUUUCUUUUCUCUUGGCUGGUAUUUCUUUCCAUGGAAAGACCGUUUAUAAAAUACUUUAGUCUUUUAACAAAUAACUUCAGAAUAAAUAUCUACAUGUGCUGUGUUCCCACUUUUA